AUGAUUCGGAGCCAAUCUUAUUGCUUUCGUGCUACUAUUAUCAUACAUCUCUUCUUUUCCCUUCACCUCUUACUAAACACCUUUGCUUCUCAUACACAGUCCCUAUGCCGCCAGGACCAAAGAGAUAUUCUUUUGGAGCUGAAAAAAGAGCUCAAGAUCCCUAACGAUGAGUAUCAUGUAAUUUCAUGGAACACGACCCUCGAUUGCUGUUCUUGGUGGGGUGUCACGUGUGAUGCUAAAUCAGGACGGGUGAUUUCACUAGACCUCAUUAUCGAGUCUGCCAACGUCUCUUUAACAUCUGGCAGUAGUCUUUUUCAACUCCGACAUCUUCGUCAACUAGUCUUCACACAUGGCAAUCUCCAAGGAGUGAUUCCUUCUUCAAUUGCAAAUCUUACUCAUCUCACAUGUCUUGAUCUUUCUAAUAAUCUAUUAGUCGGUGAAGUUCCGGCUUCAAUCGGUAAACUAAACCAGCUAAUAGAAAUCCAUCUUUCCGGUAACUAUCUGAGAGGUAAUAUUCCUACUUCCUUUGCCAACUUGACAAAGCUUUCUCAGUUAGUCCUCUCUGAAAAUCAGUUCACGGGUGGGAUUACAGUAGUAGCCAAUCUAACUAGCGUGUUCAAUAUAAACCUCUCCCAAAAUAACUUCAAAUCCUUGUUUCCUCCUGACCUAAGUGGACUCCACAAGUUAGGGCAAUUCGUAGGGAGUCGAAACUCAUUUUUCGGACCUUUCCCUUCAUCUUUGUUCAUGAUUUCUUCUCUGUUCAAUAUUGAACUAAACCAAAACAAAUUCAAGGGACCUAUUGAUUUUGGGAAUAUGUCUACAUCAUCUACAGUUAGGGUGUUAACUCUUGGCUACAACGAUCUUGAUGGACCAAUCCCAGAAUCUAUAUCGAAAUUAGGCAAUCUUGAAGUUUUAGAUCUUAGCCAUAACAAUUUUGGAGGACGAGUCCCUAGAUCUACAUCUAAACUAGCCCACCUCGUCACCCUUGACCUUUCCUACAAUAAGUUGGAAGGUCAAGUACCACAUUGGUUAUGGAGAUCGUCUGUGUUUUCUGUUCUUCUGCUUUCUCAUAAUUCUUUUAGCAGCUUCGGCAAAUCAGUUGAAGUUGAUGACGCAACAUGGCUAAAUGAGUUGGGUCUUGGUUCAAAUUCACUCCAAGGGCCAUUUCCCCAAUGGAUCUGCAAGUUCAAAAUUUUACGGACGCUAGACUUGUCAAACAACCACUUCACUGGUUUCAUUCCUCAGUGUUUGAAUUCUCUUCAGGAUUUAAAUCUUCGAAACAACGGUUUAAGUGGAUCUCUACCAGACUUCAACAACAGUGAUUUGCGAUCGCUUGACGUUAGCCGCAACAGUUUGGUUGGAGGGCUUCCAAAAUCUUUAACCAACUGCACGUCCAUGCAACUUCUGAAUGUGAAAGGAAACAAGAUCAACGACACGUUUCCAUUUUGGUUGGACUCUCUAAGUACACUAAUGGUUCUUGCGCUCGGAUCAAAUGCAUUCCAUGGUCCAAUCUAUCAACCAUCAACCUACUUAGGGUUUCCAAGUCUGAAGAUCAUUGACAUAUCCAAUAACAGCUUCGUUGGAUCAUUGCCGCAAGACUACUUUUCCAAUUGGUCUGCAAUGCCAUUUGUGUUUAGUGAUGAAGAAUAUCUAAGCUACAUGGAGGAUUCAACUAUGUAUAAAGAUUCGAUCAAUUUGGUGAGCAAAGGAGUAGCCACAGAUUUUGUUCGGAUCCCUGUCUUCUUUAAAGCCAUUGAUUUCUCUGGAAACGGAUUCUCCGGACAGAUCCCUGAAUCCAUUGGUGUAUUGAGCGGAUUACGUCUCCUCAACUUGUCAGGCAAUGCAUUCACAGGCAGUAUCCCACCUUCUUUGGCGAAUAUUACAAUCCUCGAGACGUUAGACCUAUCGCGAAAUAACUUGUCGGGUGAAAUUCCUCGAGGUCUUGGGAACCUCUCGUUUCUGUCCAACAUCAACUUCUCACACAAUCACCUACAAGGGUUUUUGCCACGGAGCACACAGUUUGAAAGGCAAAACUGUUCUUCAUUUUCGGGGAAUCCUAAACUCCAUGGUCUUGAAGAUAUUUGUGGAGAAAUCCAUGUUCCUGUUCCUAAAUCGCAGCAACACGAGGAAUAUUUGUUGGAAUCGGAGGAGCCGUUGAUUCAUUGGGUAGCAGUUGCAAUAGCAUAUGUGCCUGGUGUGUUUUGUGGGUUAGUGAUCGGACAUAUCUUCACUUCAUACAAGUACGAGUGGUUCAUAGCUCGUUAA